AUGGAUAGAAGUUGGAUUCAGUUACCCACUAGGGGAAAGAGAGAAUAUAUCAAUGGGGUGAAACAAUUCAUGAAUUUCGCAAUUGCUCACAUGAAGCCAGGGUCUGAUUUGAUACCUUGUCCGUGCAUGGAUUGCAAUAAUUUUCGUAAAUAUAGCCCAGACCAAGUUGAGGAUCAUUUAUAUGCAAAUGGAAUGGCUAAGGAUUACACUAAGUGGACAAAUCAUGGAGAAAAUGAUGAUGAUUUUGAACUAGAAGAUGAUAUUUUGGAAUCUGAAAAUGAAGAGGAUGUUGAUGAUGUUGUUGAAAUGUUAAAUGAUUUCCAAGCUCAUGAUGAUAGGGAAUCUCAAGAACAUGUCCCUAUUAUGGAAGAAAAUAAGUUUAGACGAUUGAUGAGGGAUGCAGAGCAAAAAUUAUGUCCUGGUUGUCGAAAAUUCUCUAAAUUAUCCUUCACUGUAAAGCUGCUUCAUUUAAAGAUAAUGUUUUGUGGUAGCAACAAGUUCUUUUCAGCGUUGCUUGAGUUAGUGAAAGAGGCAUUACCUGAUGGAAAUACAUGUCCUAGAUCUCAUUAUGAAUCAAAGAAGAUUAUACGAGACUUGGGUCUUAGUUAUGACAAGAUCCAUGCAUGUAAAAAUGAUUGUGUACUCUUUUGGGAGGAGUAUGAAGAUAAAUUGGAGUGUCCAAUAUGUCAGGAACCUAGGUACUCUUUUGAUAAUGGCAAGAAGAAGAUUCCCCAGAAAAUCUUGAGAUACUUUCCCUUAACUCCAAGGCUGCAAAGAUUGUUUAUAUCAAAGAAAACAGCUGUAGAUAUGAAAUGGCACAAGGAUAAACGACCAGAUGAUGAGUAUAUGAGGCAUCCUGCUGAUUCUCAAGUGUGGAAGGACUUUGAUCUAAAGCAUGAGUCAUUUGCCAUGGAUUCUCGCAAUGUUAGGCUUGGAUUAUCAACUGAUGGUUUUAAUCCAUUUGGUAAUUUAAGUACCUCUUAUAGCAUGUGGCCUGUUUUUCUUGUUCCAUACAAUCUUCAGCCGUGGAAAUGCAUAAAAGAUCCAUACUUCAUGAUGUCAUUGCUUAUUCCUGGACCAAGAGCUCCUGGAAAUGACAUUGACGUGUUUCUACAAUCAUACUGUUCACAAAAUGUCAAGAAUGGUCAUAUUCGUAGUCAAGAAACUUGA